AUGACUAGGAGGUCCAACAAGGACAACCUAGUUGAACAUCCAGAGAUAGACAAGCUUGAGAAGCAACUUAGGAAGCAGAAAGCCCAAGAGAUGGCCGACGAAGCAGCUCGCGCUCACGCCGCUGAAGUGGCGCGCGCUCAAGAAGAAGGAAGAGAUCCACCUCCUCCUCCUCCUAACCCUGCUGGAGAUGUGAACGCACAACCCCAAGCCGGAGCACCUACUUGGGACAAAGCUUCAAGAUGGUUGAAGUCUCUGCCAGCUCACUCCAUCACUACUUGGGAUGAGUACAAGGCUGCAUUCAUCAACCACUUCUACACCAAACAGAGAUCAAUUUCUGUAAGGAACAAGAUCUGCACCUUUCGCCAAGCCAACAAUGAGUCUUUCUAUGAAGCGCUAGAUCGAUUCAAGGAGUACAUUAGGGACUGCCCUAAUCAUGGUUUCAAUGAAGGAAACCUAUGGAACAUCUUCUAUCGUGGCAUUGACCACAAGUACAAGCUUUCAUGGACACUGCAAGCAAUGGAAACUUCAUGA